AUGCCCGGCGCAAGCCCGCUAGAUGAUUCAGAAACUUACUCGGAGAUUCUCUCUUUUGCGAAGGCCCUGCCACUGCAGCUACAUCCCGACAAAAAAUUGGCCGAGCAACUCCACGCGCAAGACCCCAUUAAGUUUGGGGAUACCAAUCAUAAGCCUGAGAUUGCAGUCGCGUUGACUAGAUUUGAACUAUUUGUCGGCUUUAAGCCCAUUGGAGAGCUCGCGGACAUAUUGAGUCUGGGUCCCCUCCAGGCAAUCUUGGCCCCGCAUGACAAUGUCAAUGAGGCAAUUUUGAGAGAGGUCUGUCGAACUCUGCUGCAACUUUCGUCGAACACAGUUUCGGACGUUGUCAAAAAUCUGAAAGCCAUUCCUCAAUCAGAACUCGGAGAGAGAUAUCAGUACAUCCCCAAUCUUUUGGAAAGAUUAAGCGAACAAUAUUCGGAUUCCGACAAUGGACUUCUAGUCGCCUCACUGCUGAUGAAUUUCAUGACAUUGGAGCCAGGCCAGGCUGUGUGUGUGCCAGCAGAUAGUAUCCAUGCCUGGUUAUCAGGGGAUAUUCUUGAAUGCAUGGCGCGAUCAGACAAUGUCUUGAACACGGGUUUCUGCCCUCGCGCCAGCAGAGACAACAUUGACCUGUUCACAUCGGCUCUGACUUUUAAGCCACAUGACCAAGAGACUGCACUGUUGCCAGCUCGUCCAAGCUUGAUGGGAAUCAACGAGAAGACUGUCAAAUACACGCCCCCGUUCAGUGAAUUCAACGUUCUAGCUACGAACUUGGCUGCAACAGAAUCGGAGACUCAUACCGAUUUGCAAGCCCCUAGCAUCCUAGUUGUGACUGAGGGAUCAGGAACAAUGAAGAUCCUCGGGGACGGGAAAACUUUGAAUUUGGGUGAAGGAAGUGUGUUUUUUGCUGGUCCAGACGCCAAGUUGCAGUUUGCGACUGACAAUGGUAUUGUGAUAUAUCGGGCUUAUGCUACGCUUUAG